UCGAGGAUUCCGUGGGAACUAGGUUUUAAUAAACUUCCCUCUCCUCCCCUGGCUUCUCCUCCGCGUUUCAGUUUAAGUUUAGGGUUUAGUUUUUGUCUGCGUUGCUUCCCGCCUCCAUGACGUCGUUGAAGAGAAGAGCUAUAGAUGACGCGAGUCCGGACACCGUAACGCCCUCUAAAAUUCCGAGGGAGGCGUCUUCCAUCCGCACCGACGCUUGUCUCCAUGACGUCUCUUAUCCCGACGGUUACGCUUCCCUGCCGCGGCCUCGACUCGCUGAUGACAAGCGGAAGCCUCCAGCUCGGGAGUUCCCCUUCGAACUCGACCCCUUCCAGUGCGAAGCUAUCAAGUGCCUUGAUGCCGGUCAAUCCGUGAUGGUUUCAGCACAUACAUCAGCAGGGAAGACUGUUGUUGCGUUGUAUGCUAUUGCUAUGUCUUUGCGAGAUCAACAACGUGUCAUCUAUACCUCACCUAUCAAGGCUCUCAGCAACCAGAAGUACAGAGAAUUUAAGGAAGAAUUUUCUGACGUUGGUCUUAUGACUGGGGAUGUCACCAUUGAACCUAAUGCUUCUUGCUUGGUCAUGACUACAGAGAUUUGGCGUAGUAUGCAAUAUAAAGGAUCAGAAGUUAUGAGGGAGGUGGCUUGGAUUAUUUUUGAUGAAGUCCAUUAUAUGCGUGAUAGGGAGAGAGGUGUUGUUUGGGAAGAAAGCAUAGUCAUGGCUCCUAGGAACUCAAGAUUUGUGUUCCUGUCAGCUACAGUUCCUAAUGCCAAAGAAUUUGCUGAUUGGGUUGCGAAGGUUCAUCAACAACCUUGUCAUAUUGUCUAUACAGAUUAUCGACCUACUCCACUUCAGCACUAUAUUUUUCCUUCUGGAGGCAAUGGACUAUACUUGGUAGUGGAUGACAAGGGAAAAUUUAGAGAGGACAGUUUUCAAAAAGCAUUAAAUGCUCUUGUUCCAGAUGAAGGGUCUAAACGGAAUAAUAUGAAAUGGCAAAAGGAAUUGCUAGUUGGAAAACCUCGUGAAGAUAGCGAUAUCUUCAAGAUGGUCAAGAUGAUAAUCCAGCGACAGUAUGAUCCUGUAAUACUUUUCAGCUUUAGCAAAAGGGAGUGUGAGCUUCUUGCGAUGCAGAUGGCAAAAUUGGACUUGAAUGAAGAAGAUGAAAAAGUUAACCUUGAAACAAUAUUUUGGAGUGCUAUGGAUAUACUUUCUGAUGAUGACAAGAAGCUGCCACAGGUGACAAACAUGCUACCUUUGCUAAAACGGGGAAUUGGUGUACACCAUUCUGGUCUACUUCCCAUUCUCAAAGAAGUAAUUGAAAUACUUUUUCAGGAGGGGCUCAUCAAGUGUUUGUUUGCAACAGAAACCUUCAGCAUAGGUUUGAACAUGCCUGCAAAGACAGUAGUUUUUACAAAUGUACGCAAAUAUGAUGGUGAUAAGUUUCGGUGGAUUUCCAGUGGUGAGUAUAUUCAAAUGAGUGGGCGUGCUGGCCGUCGUGGUAUAGAUCAGCGAGGCAUCUGUAUUUUAAUGGUGGAUGAGAAGAUGGAACCUUCUACUGCUAAAUUAAUGCUUAAAGGGAGUGCUGAUAGUUUGAAUAGUGCCUUCCACCUAAGCUAUAACAUGCUGCUGAAUCAAAUGAGAUGUGAAGAUGGUGAUCCAGAAAAACUUCUUCGGAAUUCAUUUUAUCAAUUUCAAUCAGAUGGAGCUCUUCCUAGUCUAGAGAAACAAUUAAAGGAAUUGAAAAUAGAGAGAGAUUCUAUGGUGAUUGAAGAGGAGGAGAGUUUGAAGGAUUACUACAAUCUAUUGGAGCAGUAUCGAAGCCUAAAGAAUGAUGUCCGUGAUAUUGUAUUCACCCCAAAGUAUUGCUUACCCUUUUUACAGCCUGGCAGGCUUGUGAAAAUUCGACUUCUUGGUGAUGAUAAAAUGCCGUCAUUCUCAACUGAGGAACAGGUGACAUGGGGAGUAAUACUUAAUUUUGAGAGGGUAAAAGGUUCAGCCGAAGAUAAAAGACCCGAAGAUGCUAAUUACAAACUUGACGUUCUCACGAGGUGCGCUGUGAACAAGGGAGACAUGAAGAAAUCAACAAGGAUUAUUCCUUUAAAUGAACGUGGAGAAUCUGUUGUUGUGCCACUACCUCUGUUGCAGGUUGAUAGCUUAAGCAGCAUUCGUCUCUUCAUCCCUAAAGAUCUUUUGCCACUAGAAGCUCGGGAGAAUACACUGAAAAAAGUAUCAGAAGUUCUUUCAAGGUUUGCCAAAGAUGGGGUGCCUCUUUUAGAUCCCGAGGAAGAUAUGAAAGUUCAAUCUAACUCGUAUAAAAAAGCUGUUAGAAGGAUUGAGGCACUGGAAAGCUUAUUUGAUAGGCAUGAAGUAAGGAAGUCGCCGCUUAUUGAACAAAAGCUGAAGGUUUUACAUACUAAGCUAGAGUUAACUGCCAGAAUCAAGUCACUAAAAAAAGUAAAGCAGUCUUCAACCGCCCUUGCCUUCAAAGAUGAGCUCAAAGCAAGGAAACGAGUUCUUCGUAGGCUUGGUUACAUUACCAGAGAGGAUGUAGUAGAGUUGAAGGGCAAGGUGGCCUGUGAGAUAAGCACAGCUGAUGAACUGACACUUACUGAGCUAAUGUUCACUGGGAUCUUUAAGGAUGUUAAUUUGGAAGAGAUGGUAGCUCUGCUUUCUUGUUUUGUUUGGCAGGAGAAACUCCAAGAUGCUCCAAAGCCAAGGGAAUCUCUCGAUCUCCUUCACUCUCAUCUACAAGAGAUUGCAAAAAGGGUUGGGAACGUUCAACUUGAAUGCAAGAUCCAAAUUGACGUGGAAAAAUUUGUAAAUUCUUUUCGCUCUGACAUCAUGGAAGUUGUAUAUUCUUGGACAAAAGGAUCAAAAUUUUACGAGAUUAUGGAACUAUCUCAAGUAUUUGAAGGCAGCUUAAUCAGGGCUAUAAGAAGGCUGGAGGAACUUCUGCAACAACUAAUUUUGGCCUCAAAGUCUAUUGGAGAAAUUGAAAUGGAAUCCAAGUUCGAAGAGGCCGUGACUAAAAUUAAGCGAGACAUUGUUUUUGCUGCAUCUCUAUAUUUGUAGUAUGAAAAAUGCUGUUGUAGUAUAUGUACUUUCUAUUUCUCGCCAUGGGGGUUCAAGUUGCCAGUUUCAGUUUCCAAAUUGCGUAAUAGAAGACAUUCCACGACUCUGGUCCUUGGUUAUGAUCCCUGGAUAACAAGAUCGAGUUUGUAUUAGUGUGGCUGAAAAAGUGCCCAAGCCAUUUAUCUGACUAAAUUUAUUAGAGUUUUCAUUUGUUUAGCAGAGAGAGCAGACAACAUUGUAUUGAAGUAUGUUUGUUUUAUGAGUUAUUUUUUUUAAGAUAUGGAGUAUUGUCACA